GGGGAGGUUCUUGGAGGCCACAGUUUAGCCUUCUUCCAUGCCAUGGGAGUGUGAGUCUGAGUCUAUUCUGGCUGAUUGCAUCUCGAUAACAUGACUAACUAUUUUCGUACAUAGAAUCGCUCCUCUCUGGUGUGCCUGCUCAGGUAUGCAGCUUGCCGUCUUCCCACCCGUAAGCCCGCCGGUUCGUCCGACUCCUGAAAAUAUAUACAAUGGUAUCGUUGCCGCAAAAUCGACUUAUAUUUUUUGCGUUCCGAGUCAUAUCGAACGCUGGGCCGCCAUGCCGGAAACCCAUGAAUACCUAGCCAAGGAGAUUAAGGCCCUUGCCUAUUGCGGUGCUCCUCUGGGUGCUGAUGCCGGGAACCUCCUAUCCUCCAAAGGUGUCAACCUUCAGCCCUAUUUUGCGUCCACCGAGACUGGCGGCAUGUCCCUUUUUCUUCCAAAACGCCCCUCUAGUCCGCAUAAUCGCGGAUGGGCGCACUUCCGCGUAGCUCCUCACUGCAACGUUCGUGUCAUUGAGCGUUCCAACGAUGCCGGUGAGGAAGAAGACGGUCUUUCAGAGCUUGUCUUCCUCAAAGGUCCGAACCAUACGCCUUCCGUCUUCAACACCACUUUUAAGGGCGCUAUGGCCUACACAACAGGCGACCUUGUUGUAUCUGAAAUGAUCGACGGCGUGCAGUACUUUCGCUUCUACGGACGUGAGGACGAUCAGAUACUCCUUUCAACGGGAGAGAAGACAAACCCAGUUCCGAUUGAAAAGAUUCUCCUCAAGGAUGACAGCAUUGAUUUUGUCGUCCUCUUCGGUGAUGGAAAGCCGCAGAAUGGUGCUCUCUUCCAACCUUCAGCGAGAUAUCGUGCGGAAGAGGAGGAAGCCGGUCAGCUUUCCAGCGAUGAGAGGCUGGUACGUUUCCGACGAAAAAUUGCGCCAACACUGGCCGCCGCCAACAAGUUUGCUCCAUCGCAUAGCUUCAUUUUCCCGGAGCUCGUUCUCCUUGCCGACCAUCCUUUUCAGCUCACUGGUAAAGGUACCGUACGUCGUCGUCAUACUCUGAACGAAUUCGCCGAGCAGAUUGAGAAAGCUUACACCGAGGUGGAGCGCUCAACAUUACCAGACCUUCGCGGGCCUGCCGCUGGAGCAUGGACAAUUAACAACACUUUAGAUUUUGUUACUUCUGUCGUUCACCAGGUAGUCGGUCUGGAGGUACCUGCCAAUCAAGACAUAUUCGAGCAUGGGGCGGAUAGUUUGCAAGCAACAUGGAUUCGAAACACCAUUCUUCGUGUUCUCCGUGAGGCUGGCUUUAAGACGCGCAGUAUUCCUUCUGACUUUGUCUUUCAAUUCCCAAGCAUUCAACAGCUCGCGGCUUUCCUCUUUGGUUACAGCUUCAGUGCCAGUGCAUCUUCGUCACCCCAUGAGCCAGAGGAGGCUGAAGAGACGGAAAACGUCGUCUGGCCGGAGCUAGGACGCGUGGGAGAAACUAUAGUCAAGCUUCGCGAGGGCGAGAAUCCGUUGAUCAUAAUUCACGGCGCUGGAGGCACAAUCCACGCCUUCCCUCCGCUACAGGAAAAGUUUCGCUCGGGGCUCUGGGCUAUCCAAGUAACUCCCGACACUCCCCUUGACUCGAUGGAGAACUUAGUAUCAUUCUACUAUGCUGCAAUAAAACGGGAACAGCCUCAUGGCCCUUACAGGCUCUCAGCUUUCUCAGCAACCUCGAUCGUCGCCGUCGCCCUCGCAAAGCAACUUGAAGCUGAGGGUUCCGUCGUUGCACAACUCGCCCUGCUUGAUCAUGUACCUGGAUUUUACGCCUGCCCAGUGUAUGGAAUUGACAAAGGUAUUCUUGCUGACAAGGUACACUUGCACAACUUCUAUCGCAUCUGUUGCGAAGGCAUCUGUGACCUCCUGCGUCGUGAUGGUGGUGGACGUGUGCCACGACGUCAUCAACUUGCACAGGAACUGUCUGACGCGUUCGCUGGCAAACCGAACGUUCCAGAGUUCUCCACUACGUACUGGCGCACGGUUGAGCAUUUCCUUGACCUCAUGCUUGAGUUCAUGCUUCGGGAGGAUUUUCCUGGUGUAACAACUGUUACAGACGCCCCAGCGAUGUUCACGUUCUUAGAGUGGCAGCGUACCCUCAAGACCCCUGUGUCUCUGUAUAUUGCGCAAGACGGCAUGAAAAAGAGCAUACCCGAGUCCUUCCAAGCCGGGUGGGCAGAUUUGGGAGCCCGCAAAAGCUGGCCAGAUGCGAAGAUUUACGAUAUCCCAGGUGGACAUUUUGAUAUUCUUGGAAAUAACCGGCUCAUUGACCUACUACAGAACGAGUGGAAGUAAGCUGUUCAGACACAACAUCGAUAUCUACACUCAUGAUAAUUUUGGUUACCAACAUGGUUUUUUAAUGUUCCAUUUGCAAGCGUGGGGCUCAGAGAUCAGCUGGAUCUGACGAUAUUUCUCGAUUUAAACAGGACAGGAGUUGGGUUUUUUAUAUUUAAACGUAUACAAGUGUACGACGGUUUUCUUUAUUUUAUGAUGUCACCGCAGCACUCUAAGCGUCUUUUUCAUCACAUAUAUUAGUCAACUCACUAAUCAGUGGAGAACUAUAG